AUGACCUCCAGCUCUUUCUCUAGUGCGAUAGGGCAGACGGACUCUCUCUGUUCGAUCUCACCUCUGGUGUCUCUCGUGCCCCGCCUGCCACUGCUGGCAGCACUGUUUGCUCACAUCACCCAACUCCCUGACUCUCUUCGCGUAGUCAGGGACCACUUCCUCUCAUUUUGCCCCACCACUCUCACCGUUGACCUCCUCGAGAAGGGCCUCCUAGCAGCAGAGAAGAGCAUAGUCGCUGUAGGAGCCUCUCGUGGUGACCCUCGCACCCCCGUCUUUAAGGGGUGUUCCCCCUCCCCCCUCUGGCCCUCUGUUGCUUCUGCUGCUGCGGGCGACCUCGUUGGUUUCGAGUCGGUCGGCGCGGCGUCUGCCCCUAGCGGGAGACGCCGCACCGGCAAGGGCAAGGGGGGCAAGGGCGCUAGAGGGGCUGGCGGGGGCGGUGGAGGUGGUGGUGGAGGCAGUGGAGGGGGUGGGGGUGGUGGUGGGAGUGGUGGCGGGGGUGGCGGCGGCAGCGGCAGCAGUGGAGGCGGAGGAGGCGGCGGUGGUGGCGGAGGGAGCGGAGGCGGCGAAGGUGGUGGAGGAGGCGGAGGUGGAGGAGGCGGCGGAGGUGGCGGCGGCAGCAGUGGACCUGGUCGCAGCUAUGCGCAGAGGAGUGGCUCCAGUGGUGGUACGCGCCAGCAGCAUCAGAGCAGUCGUGAGACCUUGUCCCCUCAGCAGCUUCGUGAGUGGUACGCUGCGCGUCAGCGCGGUGGGGGUACGGGUCCCUGCACCUACGUUCUCCGCACCAGCGACCGCGCUGGUGAGCAGUGCGGGGGCCCGCACUCCACCCAGCGCUGCUUUGGCCGCCUGACGGACGCGUGGCGUCACCAGUUCCCUUGGGCCUUUGAGAUCCCUCGCUGGGGAGAGCUGUCUAGGGCGGGGGUUGCUAUCUUUGAUCUUGAUUUUGAUGCUAUUCUUGCUGCCAUGUAUGCUGUUGAUGAUAGUGUUGCAGGUGACUGUUACCUGUGUGUACCGCCUGACCCGGGCAUUGAGGCUGCUGCUCUAGGUGCUCGUGCGUCUGCUGCUCCAGAUGCCAGUGCGUCUGCUGCCCCACGUGCUGGUGAGUCUGCGCUCUCAGGUACUACGUCGGCUCAGGCCUUACACACCUUCACCCUUGACUCGGGUGCGUCUCGCUCCUUCUUUUGA